UGGCGAGCACGUCAAGGUCUGUUUUUCUCAUUUAUUUUUAUUCCUGUUACCGUCGUACAGAAGUAAUUUGUUUAUUAUACUCUAUGACUGAAUUUUAAUAAUGUUGGUUAAGAUUCUACAAUUGAGGCAAAUAAGGUGGUCUGCUAUGCUCACCCCGACGCGCCGCUUAUCGAGGAUUACCGGGCAGGUGACAUGAUCUGCUCGGAAUGCGGCCUCGUCGUUGGAGACAGAGUAAUUGACGUUGGUUCAGAAUGGCGUACAUUCAGCAACGAGAAGUCGGGAGUAGACCCCUCUCGUGUUGGUGGGCCGGAGAACCCGCUGCUCUCUGGCGGAGACCUUUCCACAAUCAUUGGCCCCGGCCGCGGCGACGCUUCAUUUGACAGUUUCGGUGUAUCAAAGUACCAGAACAGACGCAAUAUUAGCAGUACAGACAGAGCACUGAUUAAUGCGUUCAGAGAGAUCAACACAAUGGCUGACCGCAUUAAUCUUCCCAAAACAAUUGUGGACAGGGCUAACAAUUUGUUUAAACAGGUACAUGAUGGCAAAAACUUAAAAGGCCGAGCAAAUGACGCCAUUGCAUCAGCUUGCUUAUACAUCGCCUGCCGCCAGGAGGGCGUGCCCCGUACAUUCAAAGAGAUAUGUGCUGUCAGCAAAAUCAGCAAGAAAGAGAUUGGCCGGUGUUUCAAACUCAUCCUCAAAGCUCUGGAGACGUCGGUGGAUCUCAUCACUACAGCGGACUUCAUGUCCCGGUUCUGCUCAAACUUGGGGCUCCCGAACUCUGUGCAAAGGGCAGCCACACAUAUUGCAAGGAAGGCGGGCGAGCUGGAUAUUGUGUCUGGACGAAGCCCCAUUUCAGUUGCAGCUGCUGCUAUUUAUAUGGCUUCUCAGGCAUCAGAAGACAAACGCAGCCAGAAAGAGAUAGGCGACAUCGCCGGCGUGGCAGACGUUACCAUCCGGCAGUCCUACAAGCUCAUGUACCCGUUCGCUGCUAAACUCUUUCCCGAUGACUUCAAGUUCGCCACACCCAUCGAGUUCCUCCCACAGAUGUAGACUGUAUGCGUUGACAUCAGUAAUAUUGACAAUAUUUAUCACUGACCAUAUGGCAGUCCUACAAAUUUGCUACAUCCAUCGAGAUUCUCUCACAGAUGUAAAACUGUAUCUCCAAUCAGUAAUAUUGAAGAACGUCAACACAGCUAGUGACAAAUAUUGAUCACUAGCUGUGUUAAUUGUGUUGACGUCAGUAAUAUUGACAAUACUUAUCAAUAUACCAGGCAUGACAGCAAAUUAUUGCUGACAGUGUUUGAAGACCAGUCAUGACGAUUAUCUCAGGUUUAAUUUGGCAAACGAUGUACCAAACACCCUAUAAUAAUUAUGCAUUUCUCCAUCGGUCGGUGAACUCUGUGAAUUGCCCCACUGAGGAUAUUGACCGCUGUUAGUAGCAUCUUUACACAAAAACACACCACUUUGUAAAAUUAUUCAAAAAAUAAUAAAUAUAAAGUGAGCCGAUAUUGUUCAAGCUUGUUCGAGAGAUCUGCUCACUUGUGUUGUCAACCUUAUCUCUUAUAAUAAAUUCACAUAUUAUUUAUAUAGUAUGUGUUGAUUGCUUUUAAUGACGCCAGACUUAUUUUGGUCAAUAGUUGCAGCGUGCGACAUGCAGUGAAUUGCCCCACUGGAAAUGUCGCCCGCUGUUGCUCAUCCAUUCUGUUUGCUUGUAUAAUCACCUGCCAUAUAAAUAUGUUACACAACGAAGGCCACAAAAAUAUCUGACACGAUCUUAUUUGUUGAGCCAUAAGAGCGUGUCACAUAUUUUUGCGGCCUUCGAAGAGUAACAUAUUAUUGUAGGUGACUGUACGAUCGUCUAAUCUGUUAACUGAUGAUAAACCUUAUUGCAAAGAGAUAAGAACCAUCAAAGUUCAGUACAAUAUUGUCAUUGUUACUAAUAUAAAGUAAGGAUUGUAGUCAUUAGUAAAUUUGGCUGUAUGAAUUGUCGUCAGGUCAAUAACGAAGUAAAUAUUGUCAUUAUUACUUUCAAAUAUCAAACAUUUCAUUAAUUCAACACAACUUAAGGUUAAUCGAUGAAAAGACUUCAUGAGUUGCAUAAAGGUUCCAUUUCAAAUUCGGCUGCGGACUUCAACUAUAUGGCUGUAUUUGCAGUCAGCAGUCGAGUUUGGAAUGGUACCUUAAGGGGAAUAUGUCUGCAUCCCAACGGACUGCGCCAGUAACAUUCAGUUCCCUGGACUGCCUUGUUUAAAAAAAAGUUAUCUAAGUACGAACUGAAACUAAAUUAAAACGUAUCAUUUUGUUAUUUGGUAAAAGACCUUGACUUUUGACAUUAUAUUAGCAAAAUGAAUGCUUAGAAAACAUAUUUAUUAGCAGUUACCAUACAAAAACUUGACUGACUGAUUACAUUUUGCUUAUCCACCCUUUGCCAUUUAACUUUAAAUAGCACAGAUAAUUAAAAGUAAAAACUUCCAUCAUAAAUGUUUUAAUUUUUUGAGACUAAUUCCGUACGUGACGGGAAGGAAUGGAAGAAAAUUGAACUUAAAAUAAAAGUACAUAAAGUUCAAAUUUCUUCAAUUUUCCCCGCGAUAUCAACUUAUUUCCGCCGUGUACGGAAUUAAUUCGCGAGGAAUCUGUUCUCUUUCGCGCGUUUAUUUCGCAAUUUGUGUGUGAGUAAGACGGAUUAAUUGACUUUUUUGUAUAUGUUGUAUCUACCUACUUAUUAUCGCACGGAUUACUACUACAUAAAGCGAUGUAUAUAUUGCAGAGUAUCGGAAAAUGAAUUAUUCCUAGUUAAUCCAAUCGGCAAUGAAUCUUAUAACAAUGCCAUAGAGCAGGGGUCUCCAAGCUUUUUUACCUGAGGGCCAUAUUGCGCCUCAGAAACUUUCGCACGGUUUGGCCCGCGGGCCGGGGUGCAAAGUGAGAAAACGAAAACUGAGGACUGCGUACGCUUUGACAUCAUUGUUAACCUUUGUAUCCUUUGUGGCAUGAAAGUUGACAUAUGUCAACUGUCGAAUAACUAAUGUGGCCUACCAGACGGCGCCACAGGCGCACACAUAGCCAAUAUUAUCCUCCUAAGGCCCAGCCAUACAAAUAAAAAAUCCAGAAUUUGCCACUGAAAUUUGUACCUUUAUUGCAGGGAAUAGAGUUGAUUAUGGUUUUGUUUGAAAAUUGAACGAAACAAAACAAAUGCGACUCUGUUCCAAUUUAAUAUGAUUUAAAUUUCAUCGAACUGAAUAAGUACCUACUAUAGGUAGGACCUUGUACAGUCGCCAUCAGAUAUAUCGGAGCGACCAAGGCGCUCACAAAUAUCUGAACACGCCUCUAUUGUCAAGGCGAUAGAGUGCGCGUUCAGAUAUUGUGAACACCAUGGCCGCGCCGAUAUAUCUGAUGGCGACUGUACCUUAGGAGGAUAUGGCGACUUUAACACUGGGAAUAAUUCAUAAAAAAAUGUAGUUGCAUGACUUCGGGACCUAUUUAUCUAUAAAUAAGCCUUAGGACUGGUGUAGAAUUAUUAAAAGAAUCUUCCACAUUUUCGCGAAACAUUUUACCAGAUAAGUAAAAAACCGGGCAAGUGCGAGUCGGACUCGCGCACGAAGGGUUCCGUAUCAUAAUGCAAACAAAUGCAAACAAAAACAAAAAAAAAGCAAAAAAAAAACGGUCACCCAUCCAAGUACUGACCACUCCCGACGUUGCUUAACUUUGGUCAAAAAUCACGUUUGUUGUAUGGGAGCCCCAUUUAAAUCUUUAUUUUAUUCUGUUUUUAGUAUUUGUUGUUAUAGCGGCAACAGAAAUGCAUCAUCUGUGAAAAUUUCACCUGUCUAGCUAUCACGGUUCGUGAGAUACAGCCUGGUGACAGACGGACGGACGGACGGACGGACGGACGGACGGACGGACAGCGAAGUCUUAGUAAUAGGGUCCCGUUUUACCCUUUGGGUACGGAACCCUAAAAAGACGGCAAUUAUUCAUAAAAAAUGCUCCUCAGACAAAACAUCAAUUUCGUGAGCUACAGGCGUAUUCUGAUUUCGAUAAUAGGUUAUGAUGAAUUAGAUCUGGAUUGGAAUUGGAAUCUGGAAUUUAGAUAGUUACCCCUCCUCUGGGUUGGAAGGUCAGAUGGAAGUGGCUUUCGUAAAUACUAGUGCCUACGUCAAAUCAUGGGAUUAGUUGUCAAGCGGACCCCAGGCUCCCAUGAGCCGUGGCAAAAUGCCGGGAGAACGCGAGGAAGAAGGAAUUAGAUCUGGAUUAGUUAUGGAUCUGAUCUGACAGUGUUAAAAGUGACGUGUUUGGUUGAAAAAAAAAAUAGAUUUCAGAUCUGAUUCAAGAUAAAGAUAAUUAAAAUCAGAAGACGCCUGUUAGUUUAAGAUGAUUUAGAGAUGCCACCAAGAAAAUAAUGGUGAAGAGCAACUCUUCAGUGAACUUUUAGCAGUCCUUAUUAUGUCACAGUUUUUAUGUACAGUCAGCAAAUAUAUUAGCUUGGCACCCCUGCAUAUGCAUGCACGGGUGCUUGGCUAAUAGUUUUGCUGACUGUACCAUUGAAGUUUUUCUGCGUUAAUGUGGAGGGAUCUAUUCGUUUUUAUAUUAAUUUAGGUUUAAGUAUUAUCUUUGGACUUACCAGCCAACGCCGCGUUGGAUUUUGUGAUUUAUUUUUGUACGAGAAAAGGCGUGUGUUAUACAGUUUUACAGCUUGGGAAAAAAGAGUAGAAAUUCAAAAGUGGCAACACUGUAGUGUCGUCCCGUUUUCUUAUAUAAAUUGGUUGGAUAGGGACGACACUACAGUGUUGCCACUUUUUAAUUUCUACUCUUUUUUGCCAAGCUGUAGUUGGUAUCGUCUUGGGUCGUCCCAUUCGUUUUUCGUCAAGUCCUUAAAUUAGUCCUAUUCUGCUUUCGUCACUCAUUCUACAUUGAAAGCCACCGACGAUUGUGACGAAUGUAGAAUGGGUGACGAAAGCAUAAUAGGACUAAUUUAAGAACUUGACGAAAAACGAAUGGGACGACCCAAGCCAAGACGAUACCCUGUAGUUGAGAUUUUCCGCUAGUAUGGUAGAUAUCCUAUUAAAGCGUUUUUUAGUUACCGAUUUUUUUCUGCAGAUUUGAAUAAACAAGUUGAUGGGUAAUAAAAAAAUAGUUUCACUGAUUUGUUUGCUAUUUAGAUACAAUAUCUCAUUAAAAUAUCCAUUAUGCCUGGGUCACACUAACGGGAACACUUUUCCGCUAGUGUCGCCCAGGCAUUACGCAGUUACGAACAAGAAAUUGUACAAACAUCUUGCAAGAAAUCAAGAAAUUGUACAAACAAAUUGUCUUUCAUUUGGAACUUAUCUACCCAUUAAAUUUUCUAUUCAAAAAAGUCGAUAUCGAAAAUGAAGAUCGGCGUUAUUUUUUUUUUCAUUAUUAUUACGCAGUGUUUUAUGUUAUUGACCGUGGAAGAACAAUUUUUAUACCCUUGAUUACAAGCGAUAUACAUUAAUCGAGUUUAAUUUGACUGUAAGUCUUUUGUUGGAUGACUUUUGAAGCAAUUUUUAAGUUAAAACAUCUUUACUUGUUAUUUUAUUAUUAUAUUUAUGACGUUUAAAUUUCACUUACCUUGUAUUUUAAUUCUUAUUUACUUCAUGCGUAAAAAUUGUUUUCUGUUAACAAAAAAUGAGAAUGACGAAUUUAGUAGUGAAAGAAAUUUUGGAAAAUUCUAUAUACCUAUAUGUAAAGAUAAAUAAAAAGACAAGUGCCAACCAACAACCAACCUAUUAGAGACAGCUACCUACUUCAAACAAAGUUUGCAUUAUGUGAUAUAUUAACAAAAAUAACAAUACGAUUGGUGUAAAACAUCUACCAAACUGGGAUUAUAAAGGGGCCCACAGAUUAACAAUUCGUCGGACGAUAUAAGCGUGUCGGUUGCUCGGAACUGUCAAAUUUUGGGUUUAACUGACAGGCUGAUAUCGUCCGGCGAAAUGGUAAUCAUUGGGAAUCCUCAGUGGCGGAUUUGCAGUCUUUGCCGCCCUAGGCCCCAAGCCUUGUAGCCGCCCCUUUCUCAGCAUCAGCACCCGUCAUAUUGACUACAUUAGAUCAGGCAACGAAAAGAUAUAUUACCCUUUUUUGAGAAUUCGUUGUCUGGCCUAAUUUUGAGUUAUUUUUUGUUAUCAUCAGCGAAUUUUUUGUCUCAAUUUGCCGCCCCUAAUAUCUCGCCGCCCUAGGCCCGGGCCUACUGUGCCUUAUGGGAAAUCCGCUACUGGGAAUCCUUUAGACCCUUUAGUUUGUUUUGCUAAAAAUUUAUAGUAUAAUUUUGUAAAAAGCUGCAAGGUACAAUUUAACAAGUGUAAACUGGCAACAUUGCUGCCAUUGACGUACACGCUUGACCAAUGACAAGAGGCCUUUUAUCAGUGUUGCUAUUUUACUCUUUUGAAAUCGUAAUAUGUAGAAAAUCUUAUAAGCCCUGUAAAUUAAAAAUUAUGCCUUAAAACUUCUGUUCAACAAUUGAAAUAGAAACAAACUGAUAAAGUUACUCCAAAACAGACAAGAACUACAAACUGUAUUAAUAGUGUAUUAUCGCCUUGGUCGUGUGUUUAAGGUUUAGUUUAUAAUUAUUAUAAGUAACGCCACAAAUAAAUGUAUUUUUAAGUUACAAA